AUCGCCCCAAACACAACUCCAUUUCUAAAAGGAGCUCCUACUGCUCAGUUGUGCUAUAAAUUUUAGUUAGCUCUUAAAAAUAUCUAACACAUACAAUUUUACAAAUAACUUAAGAUUCUACCGAGAAUUAUUUGUAGUUGGACAGCAUGGAUGAAGUCUACAUUAUUGCAUGGAUGAUUUCCCUUUUUUGCCAUAAGAACAAUCUCUUCUACAAUCCCAUCGAAGGCACCAUGGAGUCGAUUGUGUUCAUAUUCCUCACCGUGCUGGCUUUGAAUAAAAUCCUUAGCCAAGAUGUGGAUUACACUGUUUGGGAGAAGAUUGCGCAAGUCCUGAUCCUCUGCAUAGUGGUCCAAGUCCUUUUGGUCGUAGCCUGGUUUCCCCUCAGCGUAACUGUUCACUACCUCGUUAAAAUGGGAUGUCUUUAUUGGCCCUGGGGACGAGGCUGGGUGUUCAAGCGAGUCAAGGAUAAUGCAGCGUCCCUUAUCCUAGUGGCCUUGGAGUUGGUUGCUCUCUUCAGGGUCUUCGAUAUCGACGACAUGCACCGACUUUUUGGUUCAAAGGAGGACCUAAUCUCAAGGAGUGCCAUUGCGAUAGUGGAAAAACAGAAGGAAAGGGUUUUGAAGCGGCUAAAGCGAAAUUCGCGCAACGGGAGGAGCUCCACCUGAUCCAAGGAAAAGGAUAACCACAUACUUGGAGAAAUGGAGUCACGUUAGGACUAGUUUACCAGAAACCACUCUGUAAAAGCUUUUGAAAUAAAAAUACAUCCGAUAUAUGUACAACUAAUAUCGCUGAAAA